CUCCUCUCAUCCCAUCGUCCUUCUCCUGCACUGUAUACAUGUACAAUACAUCCACCCACAAUCGAAGAUGCCACAGUUCAAGGUGACCACCGACGACGUCAAGGCAUUUCUGCCAGACCGCUCCAAUGGCCACUCCAGCGCCAUUCCCAGUGAGAAGCGACUGGGCUCUGCCAACAGCAAUCUCAUCACCGGUCUGCCAUCGGUGCCAGUCACGUUCGAGCGACAGCCAUACCACGCUGGCGUCAACGACGUUCUCCAGCAUCCUGGCACGGCUCGCGCCAAUAUCGCGCCUUCUAAAGAGUCUCCGCGUGGAACUGAGGGCUGGGCCGAAAACCACCAGCAUCAAACAGUGCUACAGCAACACUGUGAAUACUUUGACCAGGACCGCGAUGGAGUCAUCUGGCCCUUCGACACCUACCGCUCAUGUCGCGGCUGGGGUUGGAACCCUCUUCUCUCCGCCAUUGUCAUGAUCAUCAUUCACCAGGGUCUCUCGUAUCCGACCUGCCCUUCCUGGAUUCCUGAUCCCUCUUUCCGCAUCUGGAUCAAAAAUAUCCACAAGGACAAUCACGGCAGUGCCUCGGGCUCUUACGACCAGGAAGGGCGUUUCAGACCACAGCAAUUCGAGGACAUAUUCUCCAAGUACGACCAGGGACACAAGGGCGGGCUGACGAUCGGUGAUCUGCUUCGCUUUCACAAAGGACAGAGAUUCGCGAUGGACUUUUGGGGACAGACUGCAACCUUCUUGGAGUGGACCGCUGUAUACCUGCUGCUAUGGCCCGAUGACGGCGUGAUGCGCAAGGAGGACGUGAGAAGGAUCUUCGACGGUAGCAUCUUCCAGCACAAGGCAGAUGAGUACAAGCGGAAGCAGGAAGCGAAGACACAGUAAUCGUUCACGACGAUUGAGGUACAAAACGGCUUGCCUUUGGAGCACCGACAUUCGAAGGAGAAGAGAGUUGGAACUACCUCCUAGACUUCUAUACUGUAGACGCCAAUUGGCAGCAGUCCAAGUGCAUAAAGUAGCGGUAUCUUUC